CCCCCCACCCCCUCUCCUCUCCUCCGCUUCAAAGCCACGAAACCGCAAAAGCAACUCGAGCAAGUCAUCACAAACGCAAUCGAAACAGAGAUGGGGCUCUGCAUGUCAAGUGGCGGCGCGGUGAGCGAGGCGGCUCCGAAGGCCACGGCGCUGGUGCUGCUGCCGAACGGGGAGCUGCGGGAGUACCCGCGCCCCGCCACGGCGGCUCGGGUGCUCGAGGACUCCGCGUCGGCGGCGGCGACGGGGGAGAAGGGAUGGUUCCUGUGUGACGCGGACGGGAUGGGGUUCGAGGGCCCCGUAGCGGCCGUGGGCGGCGCCGAGGAGCUCCGCGCUGGGCAGAUCUACUUCGUGCUCCCCGCCGAGGCCCGCCGCCGCGGGCUCCGGCGCGAGGAGGUCGCCGCGCUCGCCGUCAAGGCCUCCGCCGCGCUCGCUAAGACCGCUGCCGCCGCCGGAUCAGGGGCCGGAAGGCGGAGGCGGGGCUCCGUGGCGCCGCUCGUCUUCUCCCCGCCGCCGGAGGAGGAGCCGGAUGUGAAGACAUUUGCUGCGCACAAAGCCGCGCCGGCGCCGUCCGUCGGGAAGAGGCGCCCUGUCCAGCGGUUCGCUUCGGAUCUGACCGCGAUUCCAGAAUGCGAGAUGAGCGAGUAGCUGGAUGAAGAGAACAAGGACUCGAUCGCGGGAUGAACUCGAAGCAAUGGCACGACUGCGACUGCGAAUUCCUGAUCCCGAAUUGCCAAAAAUUUCUUGAGCGAGCACUCUGGAACCAAUCAGACGCGGAUGGUCGAACGGACGGCGGUGGUUCGGCAGGGAAUGAACCAGCGGUUGGGAUGCGGCUGACUGAGAAACAGCUGCUGCUACUAUUACUUGCUAGCAUUUGUACGUGAUUCUUGGGAAUUUUGGCCUCUGUUAGCUGAGUUGGUGUUCGGAAUUGAGAGGUUGCAGAUGGACUGUGAAUACAAACAAAUUAUUCGGCUCCUCUUCUUCUA